UUUUUUUGCAAGUCACUGUGAGGGCCUGUGCACGUUCUCUCCCACCGCUCUGACUCUCCGGUGUGGCCAAACCAGCGGCGGCGCUCCACAAUUGAGCGGAGGCGCCGCGGUCUGUCAGUCCGGGAGACAGAGCGGGGCGAAAAAAGAGCCGAAAGCGCUGCUGACAGCUGAUAGGCGGAGCGGGCAGCCUGUCAGUGACGUCACUCUGGCAUGUUGGGCGCUGUGGCGCGUGAUUUGCCGCCGAGCUGUCAGUGACAGUUAAGUGGUGCGCUUUCGUCCUCUCUUUCCAUUGGUCGCCUCUCGCCGUGCUCUUCAGUGAUUGGCUGCUUACGGAGAAACGUUGGUAUACUUCUGUGAACGGGAAAGUGUGAGUGUUGGGGGUCCCUUCUUCCCUGGGGCUCCCAGACAUGCUGUCUUUGAAGAAGUAUCUGACGGAGGGUCUUAUCCAGUUCACCAUUCUGUUGAGCCUCAUGGGUGUGCGCGUGGACUUGGACUCCUAUCUGCCCUCUCACCUGCCCCCUCUGCAUGAGAUCAUCCUGGGGCCUACUUCAGCCUAUACCCAGACCCAGUUCCACAGCCUCCGCGGCACCACAGAUGGCUACGGAGUGCACCCCAAGAGUGUGGACUUAGACCAGUUUUUUACCACCCGCAGACUGUUAAGCCGCAUGCGCGCCCUUGACAGACUGCAAGUGCCCAGCACAGAACUCGAUACCUGGCUAGUGCACAGGGAGGCGGAGGGCUCAGUGUCCAGCGCCCAGACUGGUUCCAGCCUAUCCCCUGAAGGCCCUCAGGAGCUUCCGCCAUCAGACAACAGAGAGACAGAACAGGGACGUGGUACUGAGGAGCUGGGAGCGACCGCACCAUCGGAAAUCUCAGAACUAAACAAGGAGGAAAUUGAUCCAAUAGAUAUUUUAUGGCUUCAGGAUAUUGACCUUGGAGCCGGGCGUGAAGAUUUCGAGAGCAGAGGACGACACAAGGACAAUGAAGAUAUUUGGGAUUCUUUCCGUGAUGACCCAGGAAGCGAAUCCCUGCAGCCCAGGGUGCAAGUGGAUGGAGAAACUGGGGAAAAUGUGCCACAGGAGGGUCAGACCGCUAUGUCUUUGGCAGAGUGCCUGAGUCUUCUGGAUGACACUUUCCAGUUUGCCGAUUCUUCUGAGUUUCCAGCUCCUGAAUCCCAGAGUAUCUUUGAUCGCGAAACAAGCCCAGUGGCCUUAGAUCAGACAGAUGGACUGUUGUCCCCUUUUCUACCAGAAAUGGAGUCGACUCUUGAUCUAGAGGAGCAAUGGCAGGAUCUGAUGUCAAUCAUGGAUAUGCAGCCCAUGGAUAUUAAUGGUACAAGUGAGAAUCCUUUAUAUCUGAGCCUAGACCCAUCACUGCAGCAAAAUGGGAACCUGGAUGCAUCAUCUCUUCAAGGUUGUGCUUCAAACGUGUCUCUUUUUACUCCUUCCAUGGAGCCUUUUGCAAUCCCAGAGUCGCCGCUGCCUCAGCUGUCGUCUCACAACUCCAGUGACAUCAAUUCCACUUUUGGAUUUACCAAUAUGACAGGGAUUCUUUUCCCCUCGCAGCUAAAUAACACAUCCAAUGACACCUCAAGCAGCACUGUACAGGACCCCCUUGGCGGGAUCUUGGGAGAUGCUUUAUUUGAUGAAAUUAGCCUGAUGGACUUGGCACUCGAGGAGGGGUUCAGCCAAGUGCAAGCUUCUCAACUUCAGGAAGAGUUGGAUUCAGAUUCUGGUUUGUCUCUCGAUUCACAUCGCAGUCCAGCAUCUCCUAGUGGUUCUGAGACAUCAUCAUCAUCAUCUUCUUCAUGCUCUUCAUCAUCCUCAUUCUCCGAGGAAGGAGCAGUGGGAUACAGCUCUGACUCUGAAAUGGUGGAACCAGAGGAGCUUGAGGAAGCCAGUGGUUACCAAUCGGAAUACAGCAAGUUCUGCAGGAUGAGCUCCCAGGACCCCAGCCGAUUUAGUCGCUUGCCUUUCCUUGAGCAUGUUGGACACAAUCAUACCUACAACAUGGUUCCUGAGGAACCAGAGGAGCCGCAGCUGCCUAUGACAGGGAGGGGAAGCCGAAGACAAGCAGCAUUCAUAGACAGACAGGCUGGACGAGAUGAGCAAAGAGCUAGAGCCAUGAAGAUCCCUUUCAGCAAUGAUAAAAUCAUCAAUCUGCCCGUAGAGGAGUUCAAUGAGCUUCUCACCAAAUACCAGCUCAGCGAGGCACAACUGUGCCUAGUCCGUGAUAUUCGCAGACGAGGAAAGAACAAGAUGGCUGCUCAGAACUGCCGCAAGAGGAAACUAGACACUAUUCUGAAUCUGGAACAAGAGGUGAAACGCCUAAACCGUGAACGUAGCUCUCAGCUGCGUGAAAAAGGAGAAAACUUGAGAUCACUCCAGAGAAUGAAACAGGAAGUGGAAAGCCUCUAUCAGGAAGUGUUUAACCAGAUGAGAGACCAACAGGGCCGUCCAUACUCUCCUCAGCACUAUGCUCUGCACUACACGAGCAAUGGCAACGUAGUACUCAUGCCACGCAAUGCCGAGGGUCAGCAAAGUCGACGGCCAGAGAGAAAGGACCGGAGGAAGUGAUGUAACUGUGUUUGAUAUCAGGAAUAUUACAGGACAGGGGAUGUGGGCUGUGCUUUCAUUCAGGCCUCCGUAUCAAACCUUUCACACAAGACUGUCCCCAGUGAGUGAUGAGGUAGAUUUCUACACAUACUGAGGGCCAGGGACUGUGUCCUGUCUGUGUUGGGGCCCCGUUUGUCCAGGAAUAAGGAGGAGGCCAGCCGGGCCUGAGGGCAGAAGCAUGCCCUGAACUCGUAAACUUAAGAAGCUGGCAAAGGCAGGGUGAAAGACCAUUUUUUUUGUUUAGCUCUUGAUCUUGUACCAUGUCUAAAAUGUAGGCUUAUGUUUGCCGGGAAGUGAAGAGGAACCUUGCAUGAGGGUGAGCUGUGUCAGAAUGCUGUCCCUAGUGGGCACAUAGCUGGCACAAAGCGUUUAAAUGAUUUGGGAAAAGUUGGCAAGUUGUUAAAGGUAAUCUGAGCCUCACAAAACAUUGUGCCCAUCGUCGCAGAACCAUUUCCUGCUAGUUUUAUGGGGCUUGGUUAUUCCUAGUAAGGUUUAAUUGUUUACAGCAAGUUAAGGGUAAUUUCUUCUCAUUUUUAAGUUUAGAAUUUCCCAAGUUACAGAUUGUAUUGCCCCUGACUGCCAGACAGGGCAUGACCCAGUGACACCAGCACCUCACCCAGUCAGACUAAUUUGUUUGAAGGUCUUCAAAGACUGAACAGUACCAUGAAAUCAAUUGCCGUUACUAGACCACCAAUGAGAAAAAAAAGUGAAACCUAACCUUUAUUACACUACUUAUAUAAACGUCACACAAAUAAUGCCACCAUUCCUAUUCCUUCAACAGAUCAACAUCCAAUUGACACUAACAAGGAGGAGGGAGGGGCAAGUGCCCAACUACUCUACGACCUACCUUCUGUCCAUGCCUUUUGGGGGUGCCCGCCUCCUUAGUACAGUGUCCCCAACCAUGAAAAUGGUCCCUCUCUGAUGUAAUGUGAGGGACAAAACAAAAAAUAGAAGAUAUUGAAGGCCAAGGAAAUGGAGAACAUGAGAACACAUGCCAGCAAAGACAAUGAAAUUAAAACAUCUAGCAAUAAUAAAAUCCACUGUAAAGAGACCAGAGCACUGCACCAUUUGGGUUACUGAACUCAAGUCCUUAUCAAUAUUUUAGGUAAACAACUAAUUAUAGAUUUAAGUCCUUAGUUAUAAUUCCAAUGAUUCCUCUGUAGGAUUAACACAGGGUCUGUGAAGAAUCUUCCCUAGAGUGAUCUAGUCACCAUAGUACAUAAAUUACACAUGUAUUGAUUGACACCAAUAAUGGUCUAAUCUGGUCGCUUGAUGUUUUCAUUUAUCAUCUUUUCUAUCACAGGUUAUUAUGUUCCCUCACUGUUUCCCUGGCCUUUAAUUUUUUUUUUUUCCUUUGUCCCCACAUUACAUCAGGGAGGGAUCGUUUACCAGUUCUAGCGCUAUCCAGAGGAUCCUGUGAAGUGGGCAGGACAGUGUGUGUACUAUGGAUUCCAGUGCUGUUUAGCGGGAAUUGUAUUACUUGAGGGAUUGUUGAUGAAUCCUUCUCAUUCUAUUAAAUUCAUGUGAUCAGUUAGGUUUAGAGUUUGCUGAGUGUGAUAACUAUGCACGUUCCAUAAUACAUCAUACUGGAACCAGUACAACUAUGUAUUGACUUUUUUUUUUCUUUUUUUUU